AUGGCCUCCACCACCACCAAGCAGCGCGCCCUCGACGACGCCCACCAAGCCAACGCCGCCGCCUUGGCCCUUCGCCUCGCCGCCUCUUCCCCCCCGCCGCCCUACCGUCUAGAUGAGCUCAUCGGCCGGGGCUCCUUUGGCCGCGUCUACAAGGCCACGCAUGUCUCCACCGCCGCCGUCGUCGCCGUCAAGGUCAUUGACAUUGAGCGCGGCGACGCCGCCGCGCCCGGGCUCGCCGACACACUCGCCGACCUGCAGAGGGAGCUCGCGGCGCUGCGCGCCCUUCGCGGCUCCGCCCACAUCAAUCACGUCGUUGAGGCGCUACUCGUCGGGCCCGCUGUGUGGCUCGUCGUCGAGUACUGCGCGGGCGGUAGCGUCGCGACGCUGAUGCGGCCGCUGCGGGCUAGUACCGGCGCCGGAGGCGGGCUGCGCGAGAAAUGGAUCGUGCCGAUACUCAGGGAGACGGCCGCGGCGCUGACGUGGGUGCACGAACGGGGGAUAAUCCACCGCGACGUCAAGGCGGCGAAUGUGCUCGUCGCAGAGGACGGUCGGCGCCACGGGGUGCAAUUGUGUGAUUUUGGCGUCGCGGCGACGCUGCGCCGGAGAGACGACAAGCGCACCACCGUCGUCGGCACGCCGCACUACAUGGCGCCGGAACAGCUACUAAGUGGCAGCGAAUCGGCGGGAGGAUACGGCAGCGAGGUGGACGUCUGGGCUUUUGGCGCGCUCGCGUACGAGCUCGCGACGGGCCGCCCGCCCAACGCCUCGUUGGGCGUGUGCGGCCUCGCGCGGCUCGGACGGGUGUUGCAGAUGAGAACGCCGCGACUGAGCGGCGGCGAGCACUCGGACGGCGUGCGAGAUCUCGUGGCAUGCUGUCUGCAGCGCGAGCCGGCGCGGCGGCCGAGCAUGGCCGAGGUGGGGCGCCACGGAUACCUGGCGGACACGGAAGCGCAGUUCCCGACCGAGUCGCUAGCGCAGCUGGUGCGCGCGUUUCGCAUAUGGGAGGCGCAGGGCGGCGACCGUCGGUCGCUGUUUUCGGAGCACGGUGCGGCGUCGGACGCGGACGCGGAUGACGACGACGACCAUGGGAAUGAUUUCGUGCAAGACUGGAACUUUAGCACAGCAGUCGAGGCGGAACCCCCAAGCGCGUCUGACGACGAGAUACUCUCUGUGGCGUAUGCCUCCGCCGCGGCACGCCGCGUCAAAUCGCCGCUUGAGAAAGUGUUCGACUCCAACACGCUCUCCAACUACGACGACUACUCGAGGAAGUACUAUGCCAAGUUUCUACCGGCGCCGGUGCAGCAGGCGCUCCUGCACAAUGGGCUCUCCGGUCCGUCUGCGGAUCGUGAAUCGCUGAUUGACCUAGACUUGUGCCUGGCCGACAACGACAGCAGCAGUGGCGACAGCUCCGUCGACCUGAACGCCGGCACGGUUCGCCGCCCCGCCGCCGCCGCGUUCGGAUGGGAAGGAGACGAAGCGCAAGAACACACGGUGUCGCGGGAAUACGACAAUCCCCAACACGCUACGCAGACUUGGAAGUUUCUGCCCAUAUUUUCGCAGCUCGCUUUGGAAAGCCAUGGGCCGUCACCCCCGGACUGGAGCGAGGCGAAUUCGGACACUUCGCACAGUCGAUCCGAGUCAGUCGAUAGCCUAAUCGACUUGGACGUGGGUGCCGCACCGCCAAGUGACUUUGCCCUUCGUUGCCAUGUCGAGCCACAACUUACACCAGCACCGCCGCUCCCUUUUGCGCCGCAGCCGCAGGUCAUGAUGGGUCAGGCGGGAGAUGAGCAGAUUAAGCAAGAGCUGCAUAGAUUGACAGCUAGUUUGGCUGACCACCUGCGCUACGCCACCAUUUGUCUCGCCGAUUUGCCGAUUCGCCCCAUACCAGCAACUCCAUCAGGAAAUCAGACCUAG